UUUUUUUUUUUUUUAUCAAAACAAUCAGAAGUGCCUUCUUGAGGUUGCGCAUCACCCGCGUUCGGACAAAUUUCCUGGUCGAUUUUUAGCUGUGUCGCUUCACGUUAAUAUUCUAGCGAAGGAAAUAUGACUUUUUUUACGUCACGCUGUCAAAUUGGACUCGACUUUUUUGAGUUUUUGAACGAGACCAACCGAACCUCAAUCAAUGACAGAAUCCAGCUAAGAGACAUUUACAACGCUGAGUUCCGGAACAGGACUCCCGGGAUUAAAGAUCCAAACUUCGGUUCCAUUCUUUAUGCCCUGAAAACGUGCAGGAAAGUGACCAGACGCAAAGACAAGAUAUACUUCACCCCCAAGGUCAGGUCUUUGUACGUUGACCAGUGGAGCACAUCUAGGAACCGACCACGGCAGCCUGUCCAGAAUGAAGAAGCCCUCCCAGACGUCAUAUCAGCAGCCAGCGGCUCACCAGAGGGAGCAGAGACAGGAGUAAGGGCCCGGAGACAACUGGCCAUGCUUCUGGUGAAAAAGCUGACAGUAAACAGGACCGAGUAUAUCUCUGACAAACACGGUGUCAGCAUCGUCUCUGACUGUCCGUUUGAAGAUGGAAAACUUCACUUUCUCAUGGAGGGCACAUUUGAGCGGACACUUAUCCUGAGUGUAGAAAACAUGGGAAAGGAAAUCGUCUUCUUCACUUACUACACUCCGCUGCACUGGCUCAAAUGCCUGAAACUGUCCGACGUUGAAGGAGUGACCAAACAGAAACCUCUGCAGCUCAGGCCAGGUGACAGCUACAAUAUCCGGGUUGAGUUCAAGUGCAAAGAAGUAGGUUAUUAUCCAGCUACACUGGCUUUUGAAUUCAAAAAAGGCCUGGAACCCUCUUUCGACGCGUUCCACAUUGUGCGCACCAUCGAAGCGCGGUGCGUAACUGCACUGGGAUUGCAGCUGGCCCCUGAAUCACCCUACAAGCCUAACUUGCUUCCUGCUUGGACCCCUCAAUCUGACUGCAUGAUUGUGGAUGGACAACGACCUGAGGGGCAGUCUGUGAUGAAGCUGAACUAUGUGGUUGAAUUAAAACCGUACAAAGUCCCGCAGCACAUGACCCACCUCAUCGGCUUGCUGAAAGAGUCCAGGUUUAACUCUGAUUCAAGGAAGAUGGUGCUGGAGAGUCCCUUGACCUGGGAGAACUACAAAGAGAAGUUCCAGCUCAUGCUGUAUCUGGAGGAGCUUCAGAUGGAAGUGGACAUCAGGAGGUACAACAUCCCCAACAGCGACAAAGAGUAUGCCGUCCUGAGUCCUGACCCCAGUAGCAAGCAACUUCUAGUACUAGAGCUCCCAGGCGUGUCGGAGAACCGCCCGUCUGUGCUUCGAGGAGAUUCGUUGCUGGUGUACCCCCAAGGAGAAACAAACAAGAAGUACCGUGGUUACGUUCACGGUGUGCAGCUGGACAGUGUCAAACUGGGCUUCGCUUCAGAGUUUUUGGAUCGUUUUAAAAGAGGCAAAGACUUCAGCCUUCUACAGGGCAUAAAGUUCAAUGUGGAGUUCGUCAUCAACCGCCUGACUCUGCGUCUGCAGCACCGAGCAGCAGAACUGGCCUUCACUAACAAGUUGGGAAGUGUGCUGUUUCCUUCUGAACCUCCCUGCUCCUGUCAGCAGCCUGACCUUCCCAAGCUCAGUCUGUUUGACCGGCAGCUUGAGAAAAAUCCAGAACAGUAUGGAGCGGUUCAACAGAUUUUAAUAGGAUCCUCCAGACCUGCACCUUACCUUGUGUUUGGUCCUCCUGGAACAGGCAAAACUGUGACUGUUGUGGAAGCCAUCAAGCAGAUCGAGAAGUUCCAGACCUGCUGCCACAUUCUGGCCUGUGCUCCCUCCAACAGUGCUGCUGACCUGCUCUGCACCAAGAUCCUGGAGCAUGUGGAUAGGCACAAGGUGUACCGCAUGUACGCCACCAGCCGGGACCCAAAGCUGGUGCCUGACCAUCUGAAGGAUGUCUCUAACCUGGUUGGGGAGUGUUAUGAAUUUCCUUCUAAAGAGACACUGAUGGAGUAUAAGAUCCUGGUCACCACCCUGUUAACUGCUGGAAGGUUAGUCUCAGGAGCCAUUCCUGUUGGACAUUUCACUCAUGUGUUUGUGGAUGAGGCUGGACAUGCAGUGGAGACGGAGUGUUUAGUCCCAAUUGCAGGAUUGUUUGAUGCCAGUUUUUGUCAGCUUGUUCUGGCUGGGGACCCCAAACAGCUGGGACCCAUCCUCAGAUCUCCUUUUGCUCUGAAAUAUGGGAUGGGAGUGUCCCUGUUGGAGCGCCUGAUGAAUAAUUUUCCUCUGUACCAGAAGAACGAAGGCGAUUACAACAAACGCUUUGUCACCAAACUCCUGCGCAACUACAGGUCCCACCCUGCCAUCCUGAAAAUUCCCAAUGAUCUCUUCUAUGAUGGGGAACUGCAGCCUUGCGCCGAGGAAUAUUCAUGCAGCUCUUACUGCUUUUGGAGGCACCUUCCAAAGAUGGAGUUUCCUGUGAUCUUCCAUGGGGUGGCUGGACUUGAUGAGCGUGAGAAGACCAGCCCUUCAUUCUUCAAUGUUGCAGAAAUUGAGGUGCUGAUGGAUUAUGUGCAGAAACUGCUGGAGGCGCAGGGCAAGAAGGGGGAGCCAAAAAUCGCACCCAAAGAAAUUGGCAUUAUCGCCCCCUACAGGAAGCAGGUGCAGAAAAUUCGUAGAGCCCUGGAAAAGGUUGGCCAGAACUUCAGACUUCUAGACAUGAAUGCUCUAAAGGUGGGCUCAGUGGAGGAGUUCCAAGGCCAGGAGAGGAGAGUGAUCUUGGUGUCUACUGUUCGCAGCAGCUCUGAGUACAUGGAGUUCGACAAAAAGUUCAGUCUGGGCUUCGUCAAGAAUGAGAAGAGAUUCAACGUGGCUGUGACUCGAGCCAAAGCCCUGCUGAUUGUGGUAGGAAACCCUGUAGUACUGAAAACAGAUCCUACCUGGGCUCGUUUCUUGCAGUACUGCAAAGAUGAUGGAGGCGACACUGGCUUCAAACAUGAGGAGAACAUUGAAGAUGUGGAAAUUCGAUUGGCUGCUCUCUGCAUAAGCAUGCAGAGCCAUGCAGAAGAGACAGAGGAGAGUAAUGUCCAAAAGUACCAAGAUCCUGAGUGGAGGCGUGAUAUUUGAACACGUACAGAGACUGGAGACCUGUGAUUAAAAUCUAGACUUGGUUCAGUGCAAUCUUACUUAUGCAUAUUGUUUUAUAAGAUCAAAAUGCUUCCAAAAGGGCUCUUUUGAAGUCAUAUCCAUUUUUAAGUGUUACAGGAAGCAUAGCAAAGGAAUCUAAUUGUUCAAAUUGUUUCUGUUAGAUGUAGAACUUGACCAAAGAGAAUGUAUUGCUGGGAACUGAAACAUUUUUAGAGCAGCGAUCAUGAAUAGCGCUAAUAAUAAUUGGUGCCUAUGCAAUUAUACAUUUCAAAUGUGAAUAAUCAAUGAACCAAAAAAAGAAAGACUGGACCUUCCGUAAUAAAUGAAAUGCAGUACAAUUUGACUGCAACACUGAAACAUGAUUUUUGACAAUAAAUGUGAGAACAAAAUUA